AUGGCACAUGAAACAAGAGAAGAAGAAAUUCAACCAAGUUCUUCACCUCAAUCACCAGCUCAAAUAGAAGUUCAAAAUCCAAUUCGAAAUGUGCCGUAUGAUUUACCAAAUAUUCCAUUACCAAGGCAUGGAGCAUUAGAUGUGAUACAAAUGACAAAUGCGUUGAUUGUUGUACAAUCUAUGGAAACAAUUGAGAUUCUAACUGGAUUUGAGACACAGAAUCGAUAUGUUGUGAAAGAUAUGUUCAUGAGACCAGUGAGUUGAAUUCAGGUGUGAUAAGAGUUAGGCUAUGUCAGUUGAAAUAUCAGAAGCCUUAAGGAAUAUUAUGUUUUUUUUGUCUGGGCCUAGUUUUUGAUGAGUUGGCCUAACUUUUUUCAAUUUUUUAAAGAUUUUUUUCCUAAUUUUCAUAUAUUUUUCAAAUUUUACAGAAUUUUUUACCCUUUUUUUAUUUUCCCGAAAUCCCUCUCCAAAAAACUCACCAAUCGCUUCUUUUCCUCAAAUCACACAAAAAUAAUCGAAAAUCCCAAUCAAAAUCCUUGAUAAAUCCAAAAUCCUCCUAGUUUUCCACGUUUUUGACAUUGAAAUCCAAUUUUCCAUCAACAUUUCAAGCUGAAAAUCAGAAAUUUCGAAUGUUUCAUGUACCACUGUUUUUCCCCAGAAACCUGAAAACCCAGCGAAAAAAAAAACGAAAAAUGAAAAUAUUCUCGUGUUGCGCUAAACAGCGGGUAAGCGGAGUGUCGUUGUAAAAGUCAAACGAAAGAAAAAACGAGAGAGUGUUACGAUAGGAGAGAGCGAACAGACACACACAGUUUAGUAUGCCGUGUGUUAGAGUGCAGAUAAGGCAGAGUUUUUCAUUUGUAGACAGCGUGCCAACAUUUUUUAAUUUUCUUUUUUUUCUUGGGAACCCGCAAAUCACUUUCUGCGCAGGGUCCCCUAGUAAAAGGAAUUUUGUGAUCAUUCGUUUUAAAACUGGCUAAAAUGAAAAACCAAAAACAGAAUAUUGUACAAAUUUAACUCACGAUGCGACUACAAAACCCGUCACCCUAUGUUUUUGAGAUUUUUUUUCAAUUUUUGUCCUGCUUCCCCUUAUAAUUUUUUAAAAGCACAACUCAAAUAUUUUCUUCUUUCAGAUCUUAUACGCUUUUGAAAGAUCAAAUGGAUUCCGAAGAAAUUUCAGUGGAAACCGUCGUGAUUUCACAAUGGAAUUUGCGGAUAUUUAUGGAGCUGUUAUCAUGAAAGGCAGAAGAAGUCUUAUUUGUUGUAGUGAUGAGUUUAAAUUUCAAUACCCGGUUGGACAAACAGUAAGAGAUCAUCCCAAAUCUCAUAUCAUAUUCAAAUUUUUUCAGAUUGGCACAAUUACAAUGGAAGGCUGUGAUCACUCAUUUUAUGUUCAUCCUUCAGUUGGUCCUCGAUUUAUGGCUCAAACACCGUGUUGUUCUUGUGGUGACUCACAUUUUCCAGUUGUUCUUUCUGGAGGUGGAAAAGUUGGCGAAAUAGUUCGAUUGUAUCCAGGAUAUUUCAAAGGAAUGAUAAGUGAUGCUGACACUUUUAUGGUUCAUUGUAAGUUUUUUUUAUUGGGAACUCUAGGUUAUUAUAUUUUUAGAAGGAAAGUCUUUUGAUGUUCCCCCCUGAAAUAAAAUGAGACUAGGUGGAAUCAACUACAUAUUGAUAGGUAAGAAAAAGCCCAACGGGAUUAAGGAAAUAAAAAUCUAUUUCAGGAGUUACGGUAACUCCUCAAAUUUUGAGAUAAAAAGCCUAUGAUUUCAAAAAAUCGUAGUUUGGCUCAAAGUUAACGAAAAUGAUCGGUCAAAAAUGCAUUUUGAUGCUAAAGUGCUCAAUUUUUUAGCUAAAUGGCGCUCGUAAUCUCAAAAAAUUUUUCAAAAUGAAAAUUUUUCAAAAAAUGACCCCUUUCUCAAAAUGUUGAAAUUUCACCUCUAAAACGCUACGAGGGAAGAACGACGUCCAACGCACCGUGUUCUACGUCAAAAAUUACGUAUAUUGACAUAUUUAAAUAUAAUACCUACCGACCUUUUAACCUGGGAAAAAAAUGAUUUCAAAAUUUUUCACACAAAAAAUCAUGUUUUCUCAGAAUAAAAUCAUUUUUUUGAAACAGUAAUCAUUAUUUCUUUGUUAUUUUUUUCUCAAAACAUAUUUUCUGAUUGUUUUUCACCUUUUUGUAUGAUUUCUGAAAAAUUAAAAAAUUUCAGUUUUUAUAUCAUCGAUUUUGGAACCACUUCGAAAAUUAAAAAUCAAUUAUAGCUCGAUGAGAGAAGUUAAGGACUUUUUUGGAAGUUCUAACGCAUUACAUCAUUUUUUGCAACUGGGAAAAACACUUUUAAUAAUGUAUCUGUCAACGGACAAUUUUAGAGACCUUCGAAAAAAUUAUCGAUAAAAGUUGUUUCAUUAAAUAAUUCUUGCCAUUUUUUCUCAAGACGAUUAUUUUCAUCUGGGAAUUGGAAGUUCAGAUGUAUAAUUGGAAGUGUUUUUCCCAGUUGCAAAAAAUGCUGUAAUGCGUUAGAACUUCCAAAAAAGUCCUUAACUUCUAUCAUCGAGCUAUAAUUGAUUUUUAAUUUUCGAAGUGGUUCCAAAAUCGAUGAUAUGAAAACUGAAAUUUUUUAAUUUUUCAGAAAUCAUACAAAAAGGUGAAAAACAAUCAGAAAAUAUGUUUUGAGAAAAAAAUAACAAAGAAAUAAUGAUUACUGUUUCAAAAAAAUGAUUUUAUUCUGAGAAAACAUGAUUUUUUGUGUGAAAAAUUUUGAAAUCAUUUUUUUCCCAGGUUAAAAGGUCGGUAGGUAUUAUAUUUAAAUAUGUCAAUAUACGUAAUUUUUGACGUAGAACACGGUGCGUUGGACGUCGUUCUUCCCUCGUAGCGUUUUAGAGGUGAAAUUUCAACAUUUUGAGAAAGGGGUCAUUUUUUGAAAAAUUUUCAUUUUGAAAAAUUUUUUGAGAUUACGAGCGCCAUUUAGCUAAAAAAUUGAGCACUUUAGCAUCAAAAUGCAUUUUUGACCGAUCAUUUUCGUUAACUUUGAGCCAAACUACGAUUUUUUGAAAUCAUAGGCUUUUUUAUCUCAAAAUUUGAGGAGUUACCGUAACUCCUGAAAUAGAUUUUUAUUUCCUUAAUCCCGUUGGGCUUUUUCUUACCUAUCAAUAUGUAGUUGAUUCCACCUAGUCUCAUUUUAUUUCAGGGGGGAACAUCAAAAGACUUUCCUUCUUAGUUAAUUCUGCUCUGCCAGUUUAUCAUAAAUUAUUGAUGAUGGCUACAGUAUUCCUGAUGGAUUUUGUUUACUUCGAAGACAAUGAUCGACGUCGUCGCAGAUAA